GGCGGCGCUGGUGUAUUUGUUUUGAUCGGCGUGAAGAUUUUUCUGCACUUUUGAGGCGAUUUUCUCGAAAUAUACAAAGAAAAUGAGCGAGGAAGCAGGUGAUGGAUCAUCCAUAAGCUAUAGAGAUGAGGAUCGUGCGUUGAUAAAGUUGUCAUUCGAGGAAUUUGUCAAGCGAGAUUAUGCUGGUUCUCUCAAAAAUCUUAACAAACUGGAGGCGUCUAUUGGUGUAUCACCAAAAAUUUCCCACAAUAAGGCUGUUGUGGAGUAUUACUUGAGCAACUUGCAGAAGCAUGAUCAGUUCCGGAAGAGCCUGCAGCAGCUCACCGCUCACACGGAGUUCCCUGUGGGAUUUGAGAUAAAGGACGUGAAGAUGUGUGCCGCUUUCUACAAUCAGGCACUGUUCCUCCAUCACUUCCGUCAGCCACAGCAGGCGCUCAAAAUAAUGACCGCGGUGCUGGAUGUCCUAAAUCACGCCAAUCACUUGGAUGAGAACUUCAUCCAGAGAGCAUAUCUCCUCACGCUCACCAUGCUGCUGGACACCAAUCAGCCACAAAAGGCGAAGGCAUUGCUCGAGCAGCUUGAGAAUCGACUGGGAAUUUCCCGUGAAGCUGUAAUUAGUGAUGACGUUGAGAUUGCGACAGUUGUCAGUGAAGAGAUCGCGCAGACGGUGAAAGAGAAGGACAAGAAUCUCGAGGAUUUCCGUGAAAUGCUAAAAUUGUGCACUAUUCGAGUGAACUUGGCGAACGGUAAAUCGACAGCCUUUCCAUCUGAAGACACCUCGGAGUUCUCGAUAGCAAAGGGACAUCAAUACUAUCUUGGCAAUGAUUUCCAAAUGGCUGCUCGAGAGCUGUCCAAGAAGUUCACCAAUGAACCCUUCACUCUCACCGCCAAUGGAGAGGAUCAGAACACUAUAAUUGCCAAUGACAUGGGCCUGAUUCACUUUGCCGUUCGCCACUAUGCCAUGGCAGUGCGAUUCUUCCAGCACGCCCUGAAUUUCGACAAGAAUGCCAAUGAGGAGAUGACCCAGAAUUUCUCUAAGAAUCUCCCCUUGCAUGCAAUCGGCAGCUCGAAACAGACUCAGAUCCUUUACAACCUGGGCGUGGCUCUUCUGCACUUGCAGCGGCCCAAAGAAGCUUUUGAGUGUCUCAUUGUGCCCUUAAACAAUCAUCACAACAAUCCUCGUCUGUGGCUGAGGAUCGCUGAGGCGUGCAUCAUGCUGCACAGGCAGGAGAUGAAGCAGAAUGAGAACAAGAACCUGGUGGCGUCUGUUGUGGGAUCGGGAAGUCAUAGGAAGUACAUUCUUCAACCAACUCCGCCGAAGCGUGCGUCGGAAAGCUGCCUUUUUGCAAUUCCCAGUCCAAAUUUGGAAUUUGCUGAUCUCUGUCUGAGAAAUGCCUACACUUUGGUGGAGCAUUUUAUGGCGCAGAGAAGUUCGCACGGCGACAGCGCAUCGGGGGCAGACUUGAAUAUGCAGUGGGAUAAGAAGACCGAGGGAAUUGCCACACAUCCUUCGAAGCCACUCAAAGACAGUGCAUUCGAUCAAUUGAGAUGUUCAAUUCUAGCCGCAUUUUCCUACGUUCUCCUCACUCUCGGCGAUUACACACUCUCGCUGAAGUACGGCCAGGAAUUGCUGACGGUAGCCAAUCUGCCGGACACUCUCAAGAUGCUGGGCCAUCUCUACUGCGCAGAGUCGCUCAUUAUGCUGAACAGAGUGGCAGAUGCCAUCAGCUAUCUGGACCCGAAAUUCCUCAAUGAACUCUGCGGAGAGGAUUUCGAGACGCAGGCUUCGCCAGACUGGAACGUGAACAGCCUGGAUGCGGCUCAGUCAAUAAUCACGUACAAUCUGGCUGUGGCUCUGGUGAUGAAGGGUGAUGCCCCGGAAGUGGCCAAGAACGUCUUGAUGUCCUGCAAUCAUCCUAUUGUGGCGAAUCACGUGAGAAUGCUCAAAUUGUACAUGGAAAUUCAAGCGGGAAACAUUGAGAAUUGUCGAAAAAUCAUCAGAGUGGAAACACCGCAAUACAUAUAGACCAGAACAUCUUGUAGCAAAAAAAGGAAAGUGUAUAAAAUGUUUCGAUUUUCCAGAAAAAUUAUGAUUUUUUAAUCGAUCUGGUCGAUAUUUUUCCUAUUUUUGUAAUUCACAUGUAUGAAAAUGAAGGAAAUGAAUACAAAUUAGGUGAACUCGGCUAAUUAAUAUUUUAAAACUUCCCACGGAAGAGAACUUAUGACGCUUGUAC